AGAGUCAGUCAACCACCCAACCUUACAUUCACAUGAAAGAGAGCGAGAGAGACAGACGUAUCAGCAGUUAGCAGAGUAACUAAAGGAAAGGACUGCAUUAGAAUAAAGCUGUCAAAGAAUCGUAUCGUUAGUUUUGUUUUUUGGUUGUUUUGGGUAUUGAGAGUUGAAAGUUAUUUUGUGUGUUUUUGUGUGUGGCACUGGACUCUGGAAUUGAGGAUUGGGAAUUGUUGCUGGUUAUGGCGCUCACAAACUGAUAUAAAAAUGGACUGGACUGCAUGGAUAUUUGCUCUGGCCAUAUUGAUACACAUUCCGGUUUAUGUAGCAGGUGAGAGGCUGGAAGUAAAGGUCACGUUUGACAUAUGGGAAGGAAAUGUAACUGUGGUCUGGGAUCCCCCUUCAGGAGCCCCCAUAGAUGCCCUUUACCAAAUGAAUCAUGCACUUUAUAAAAUUGGUAAUGCUCCAUGGCAUGUCGUGCCAGAGUGUAACAUGACUACAGAAACUAGAUGUUGUCUUGGAAACCUUAUAGAACAAAAGUUAAUGAAAAUACGGGUUGGACUGCAUAAAGGAAAUGGCAGCUUUCUCUGGUCAAAAGGACACAGAAUUCAUUUAUCAGACAGCAAAUUGUUGGCACCAGAUUUCAACGUGUCUUCCUCAACUAAAAUGGUGAAGGUAAAAUUUUACAGGAAGCAAUUUCUGAAAAAGCUUUUUGCCUUUGGCCCAAGUUACACUGUCACUCUGCAGGCAAAAGGACAGGACAGUCAGAAUAUAACAAAGAUUGAUGAUGAUGAAGAUGGUGAGGUGGAGUUCAAUUCAUUACUUUCUUGGCAGGAGUAUUGUGUGAGUGUGUCAGUGGAGAUUGAAUCUGCUGGUUUGCACAACAUUUCAGUACAGCGCUGCAUAUAUACAGAAGCAGAUAUGUCUCUGGUGAUCUCCAUGGUAAUUCUUGGUGUACUUGGCACAAUGACCUUCAUCACAUUUGCAAUUUGUUGCUUCCUGAAACGUCCAAGAAAAAUGCCUGCUGCUCUGAAAUCAGCUGUGAACGGAUGGCACCCCAUGAACUUAGGAUUCGUCCAGGUAGAGAGUGUUACUGACAAGGGAUGGCUCCUGACCAGCAACAAAAUGGCAGAAAAGGCUAAAAUAUCUGAUGAGAAGACCGAGCUCUUUGAGGACGAGAAAGAGAGGAGAGAGAGUACAGACAGUGGAGUGAGUGUCAGCCACCAUCACUCCAUUAAGAACAGAGGGAUGGAUGGACAUACAGGAGAUGAGGACAGUGGCUGUGGAAGUCUGACAGAAUCUGAGGACAGUCUCAGUGGGGGAAGACAAAGCUUGGGAGAGCUCCCUUCCCUGGACAGAAGCGUUAACAACACCAGCAGCGAGGGAACAGAGGACAGUGGCUUGGGAAUGGGGAACCAGGAUGUCUCUGACAGUCUCAAAGGGGCAGACAGUGGACUCCUGUCUGAAAUAGUGGUUGUAGGGGAUGGAUAUCGUAGUCAAAGUCCUUCUGUUGAUGCUCAAAAUGAGAUAAAAGUCUCCGAUGAAAUAGUCAACAAUAUGACUAGCUCUAGUGGUGACUGUCGGUCUGGUCAUGUGACAUGCUUAUGUUCUGACUUUGAGACUUGCAUGUGGUGUAAAGCCAGUAAGCUCAUAACUACAGACUGUGUAUCAGGGUCUCAUGAGCAGACCAGUUGUACUUUCACAGUAGAAUUCAACAAUGGCAGAAACAGCUAUUUGAAAAAGUCUCUUGAACAGACUGUGAAUUUGUCUCUGCUCGGAGAUUUGUCCACUCAGCUGGGCGAGAACUGCAGUGAUUCUUCUUCUCUUUUCAUUUCCAGUCCUCUGUUUCUGCAAGCGGGAGGACAUUUGCCCUGCCAGUUGGACACUUUGCCUCUUACAUUAGGAGAUGUGGAACUGACGUUUACAUGAACCAUGAACAAAUGACUUUUUCAUGAAUGUGAACCAAGAUUGGGACACAAGCCGUCUGACAAAAAUGAAAGUGGUAGUUAUCGGCUGGUCAUGUGACAUGCUUAUGUUCUGACUUUGAGGCUUGCAUGUGAUGUAAAUCCAGUAAGCUCGUAACUACAGACUGUGUAUCAGGGUCUCAUGAGCAGACCAGUUGUACUUUCACUAUAGAAUUCAACAAUGGCAGAAAUAGCUAUUUGAAAAAGUCUCCUGAACAGACUGUGAAUUCGUCUCUGC